GUGGCAGAGCAGAGGGAGGGGUAUGAGCCGAGAGUGUUGUUGUCUGUCGCUGCUGGGGACACACUGAGCUGCCAAGGUCGGUGAAAGUACUGCUGAAACCACCGUAACAUCCAUAAAAGUACUACCUCAAGAUACACACAGAGACAAACAGAAAGCGGAUGAUAUAGACAGCAACCCGAGGUCCUCCACCAGAGAAGGUUUGCUGGAAUGGGUAACCUGCUAAAAGUCCUAACAAGGGAUAUAGAGAACUAUCCACACUUUUUCCUGGACUUUGAAAAAACCAAAUGGGGAAUCUGUUAAAAGUGCUCACUUGCACAGAGCUUGAACAGGGGCCAAACUUUUUCCUUGACUUUGAAAAUGCACAGCCGACAGAGGGAGAGCGCGAGGUGUGGAACCAGGUGAACUCAGUCCUCCAGGACUCCGAGAACAUCCUGUCUGGCCUGCAGGCGUACAAAGGAGCCGGCCAGGAGAUCAGAGAUGCAAUUCAAAACCCUAACGACUUCAUGCUGCAGGAGCGAGCCUGGAACUCAGUCUGCCCGCUGGUCAUCAAACUCAAGAAGUUCUACAGUUUCUCGCUCAGACUAGAGGAGGCUCUGCAGAGUUUGCUGGAGUCCCUGACAUGUCCGCCCUUCACGCCCACUCAGCACCUGGAGAGAGAGCAGGCGCUGGCCAAACAGUUUGCUGAGAUCCUCCACUUCACUCUGCGCUUUGAUGAGCUCAAGAUGAGAAUUCCUGCCAUCCAGAAUGACUUCAGCUACUACAGAAGAACCAUCAGUCGAAACAGGAUAAACAACAUGAAUUUGGAUAUCGAGAGUGAAGUCAACAACGAGAUGGCCAACAGGAUGUCUCUGUUCUACGCUGAAGCCACACCCAUGCUGAAAACACUCAGCAACGCAACCACAAACUUUGUGACAGAGAAUAAGACUCUCCCACUGGAAAACACAACAGACUGUCUCAGCACCAUGGCCAGCGUCUGUAAAGUCAUGCUGGAGACACCGGAAUAUUCGAGUCGUUUCAGCAGCGAGGACACACUUUUGUUUUGCAUGAGGGUCAUGGUCGGAGUCAUCAUUCUUUAUGACCACGUCCACCCCAACGGCGCCUUCAACAAGUCCUCCAAGAUAGACAUGAAAGGCUGCAUAAAAGUCCUCAAGGACCAGCCGGCAGACAACGUAGAAGGCCUGCUGAAUGCCCUCAAAUUCACCACAAAACACCUGAACGACGAGUCUACUCCGAAGAACAUCCGGACGAUGCUCCAGUAAUGUUUGUUCUUUGUUUUUUUUUGUUUUUUUUACAUAAACAGAUAUGAAGAGGAUCAAUGCUCUGACCUCAAUAAGAUGUAUAUGUUUACAUUAUUUAAAAAGACUCGAUGUUAAUACUUGUGUGUAUUUGCAUAGUCAUUCCCUCCAAGCUAUUGAACCCUGCAGAACAUGUACCUUCUACUUUGCAAAGACAGUAUGAAGUCACAUCACAUGAAUUGCCUCUACUGUUAACAGCUGUCAAAGCACAAAUGAUGGAAACCUAUCAGCCUUAUGUAACUGAGCUUUGUGAGCAGCACUUGGAAAAAAUGUUCUUGGAUGAAUCUUCUCAAUCUUUUAUUUGACAGUGAAAUAAGUUUAUUGUACAGCUUUUAGUCAAACUUAGCUCGGUUUUUUGAAGCAAAACAAAUCUUUCUUUGAAAGAGUGAACAUUUUAAAUUGUGACACAGGUUCUGGUUUAUAUCACAGUGACAGAUUUUGUGUCGACAUGUAUGAAACAAGUGAAGUUUUUUCAUUCUUUUAAUCUACAAAGAGUGCGAUUUAAUGACAGGAUAUGAAAUCAAUCAAUGUUGUGUUGCAGUGAAGGGCUGAAUAUUGACAGCAGAUAAGGGAUUGAUUGGUUCGAUGUACGUAUUGCUAAAAGCAUUUUGGUGUGUUCUUUUUUUAUAGUCAGCUUUUGUAUUUGUCUUUUUUCUCUCACACUCCAGUCUUGUGCAACUGUUGAAAUAAAUCCACUGUGAACAUAAAAGUUACUUUGCACAUCCAGUAAGAUCCAGUAUGUCAAAGUUUGCUCUGAAGAGGUUUCACCGAUUGAAUAGGCUGCGAUGACGACACACAAAGAUCAAAUCAACCCACCAAAUAUUUUAUUUGUAUGUUUUGUAGCAACGCUCUGAAUGAGAGUUGCGUGUUUUGCCAUGUUUUAAAUGACUUACUUUGUGGCUUUUGUAUUAAACAGAAAAUGCAUUUCUCUAAAAGAAAGAAAAAAUCUGAAUAAAUAUGUGUUUAUUACUGAAAAA